AUGGAACAAGCAGGAAGCAGUGGACGCAAUGAAAAAAUAGAUCAUGAAAAAAGCCUCCGCUUCAUUGCCGAGGUGCAAAAGCACCGUGUUUUGUGGGAGGAAAAAAAUAAAAACUAUAAAAAUGUAGUUUUGAAGGGCGACGCGUGGGCUGCGAUAGCGGCCAAGGAGGAGGUUUCGCCACAAGAUGCGAAACAUCUGUGGUCCCGACUCCUUGGCAUUUAUCGGACCAACAAGGCCAAGGUCAAGAAGACGACGCAAACCGGUGCAGGCAAUGACGACGUGUUCCGGCCACGGUGGUUCGCCUACCAAGCGAUGUCUUUUGUAGACGAGGCCACCCAAGAUGCGGUGCAUGUAGACACGGUGAGUAUGUUUAUACUUAUUUUAAAUAACUAG